CCUUACUGCUCGAACGACGCGCGUCCUGUCUGUCCGCGUUGGCGCGACUCCCCUCGUCGAUUUGUUUGGUUUUCUUGUGCCCACCCCCGCACGCGCAAGAAUUUGAACAAAUUCUCAAAAGUUUCAAAACCCUCGAUUUCACAACGCUUUCCGAGUGCCGCCCGGCAUUAGUUGAGAGUGUUUACGCGAUUGUAAGCACAGUUUACUCCAGUUUUUGUUUUGUUUACACACACUCCCGGUGGUUUUCGCCGUGAUUCUCCGGGAUUCUCAAGUGUUCGUUGCUCCGCAGUUGUGUGUCAAGUGUCGCGGAUUUUCCUGUGGUUUUCGCGUCGCUUUUUCGUGCACUUUUGCGGACUUUUUUCCUACCCGUCUCGUAGGAAGGGAAAUACUCAUUGAGGAGGUUUGCAUAGUUUCGUUCCCUCGCGAAUUUCUGCGAUCUGGAUUUGUCGGCAGAAUGAUUCACGCGAAUCUUUCGAGUAAUAUAAUUUCUGAGUUGUGAUCCUUGUGGUUGCCCUCCUUUGUUUUUUAAGUCAUUGCUACGGCUCUCCUGCCCCUGGAAAAUGACUUGCAGUGCUCAUUUUCACACAAGUUUAUCGAAUUUAUGUUCGUUUUCUAAACUUCUGCUAAUAUCUAGGCACGCGUGUGUGUUCAGUUUUACCGACCUUUAAUCGAAGGUUUUAUUAAACCAGUGAAAAGUUUUACUUACUGGAUACAUACAUAGGAUUAUUACGCUACACCAAUUUAGAUUUAAGGAAUUUUUUCACCAUUGAAGCUAGUCAACACUUCAUCAAAGUCGCUUUCAUGAUUUCUCAAACUACUUAACCGUUCAAACUGCGGAUGGCUUCCGGCGAGGAUCAUCUCAACAUUUUACUCAUCAUCAUUUUCAUCGUCGCCACAACCAGCAACUCACUCCUCCUCCUAGUUUUCUAUCGCAGACCAUCCUUACGGACACUAUCAAAUAGAUUCGUAAUCAAUCUGCUGAUAACGAAUUUGGUAUCAUGCUGGACCCUUCUACCCCUAAUUCUAGUCGACAACAUCUGGAGCUCGGAGCAGCACCAGUUAGCUACUAUCUUACAAGAUGGCGCGGACGGAGCAAACCCGGGCGCGGGCGCUCUCUACGCUAACAUCAUGUGCUACGUCAACCAAGGGAUCUCGACAGGGCUCUGCGCGGCCAGCAUCCUCUCCAUCCUCCUCAUCGGGAUCGACCAGUACCUGGCCGUCGUCGACCCCCUCCGAUACCACUCCCGCAUCAACCAAAGCCGCUCCGGCUGGAUGAUCGCCGUCGUCUGGCUCGUCUCCUUCCUCCUCGGGCUCCUUGGGAGCCUCAUCCAGAACAACAAAGCCACCUUCAACGUCUGCGCCGCCCGCCCGGUCGUCGCCGACCCCGGCUACAUCGACACCGUCAAGGCCCUCUUCUCCGUCAUCUACUUCCUCUGCAUCUUCCUCGUCCCCUUCGUGAGCAUCUGCAUCAUCUACAUCAGCAUCUACACGGCGGCCCUGCGCAAUAGUCAGCGCGCCCGGAAGAACGGCUCCAGCUCCGGGUACUUCACGCCGCCUCUAGUCAUGAACCAGAUCACGACGAGUUCCAGCGACAACAGCUUGAACACGUGCGCGAAAGACACCAACCAGCUGAUCAAGGCGGCCAGCAACCCUAGCUUCGCCCCCGGUCAGCUGGCCAAGGCGAACGCCGCCGCCGCCGGUGGACAGGACUCGGAGCUCAGCGAAGUGACGGUGCCGAUCCUCCAGAAGCAAAGUUCCGUCGAGUCGAACAUCAUCAACUUCACCGCCCCACCGACGAAGCCCGAGUUGGUUCACUCCUCGACGAGGUCCAGCCUCAAAUCCACCUCCAGCUCGCUCGUGAGCACGCUAAAGUACAGGAUAUCCAACGCCUCCCUCUUCAGGUAUCGCGAGGAGUCGAGAGCCGCCAGAAUAUCAGUAUUAGUAAUCAUUAUGUCCCUCAUCUGUUGGUUACCCUUUAAUCUAAUCCUCUUAGUCAAUUCGUCCCUCUUCAAGUUCAGCUAUCAAAUACCGCAUUACUUAUUUAUAUUAAGUUUAGUCUCGCUCGUUCUCAGCGCCAUCAUCUCGCCCCUGUUGUUCGCUCACCGCAACAGGCGGAUACACAACGAACUGCUUAAGAUAUGUCUAGUUAAGCGUAGCAAUAACUUCUACAAAAAGUGUAAUAACAGACAUAAAAAAAUUAACAAAAGUAAUUUUAAGUUGAAAACUAACUACAGUCAGACCGCGUUAGAGAUCUUCAACAACCACUUAGACAAUAGUAAUAUCUCCGAGCAUAGUCAAUUAAGUAAUAGUAAUAAGAGUUGUAGUCCUGACGAGAACUCCAAUCGAAGUAAUAAGAUGAGUUUCGAUCUUACCAACUACUUGAACAACUUCAAGAACAAGUUCGACUUCAACCACAAACGUGAUAGUAUUAUAUUAGAUAGCGACAACUUUAAGAUUUACGAGGAGAAGUUGCUGCCCAGCUCGAAUGUAAAUUCUCAUUUCAUUCAGAUCCCUGAGGUGGCUCUAGAUAUCGACACCAGCAGGAGUUCUUUCUCCAGCGGGGGCAGUGGAUCAAGUUCUGCCUACAGGACGCUGUCCACUACUUCCAUGAGUGAUAUAGUCGAGGACGAGCCUCACUCUCCUUAAUAACAUAGUUGCCAGACCAUCUCAUUAAAUCGCCGGAUUUUGCAUCGGACUACGCUCGAAAUCCCCCGAUUUCCCCUAAACUCUGGUAACUAUGCGUGAUACUUGUUUUCGUUCUAGUAUUCUCUCUCUUCAUUUUUGGCAACCUGCAGUUUACCUCACUAGAGUCGCCGUUUCCUUUGGUCAUUUGUCUUUCUAUUUAUCUUUUCACACCAUUUUUAUCCACGCGUUGAAAAAGGACUAAGAGAGGACUUCCAGUCUUCCUUUUCUACUCAUUAAAGUACUGUUGAUUUUGGUGAUGAAAGGUUGAUCAGCUGGACAAAUCACCAGGGCUUCUAAAAUGGCAACCCUGUUUUCUGAACUCACAAUCUGGUAAUCGAAGCGCGGGUAAUUGAAUACAUGAAUGAUUCACCGUUUACCGUCCAUUAUACUUGGUGACUAGUCCCACCAAAGGGUCUUCAGAAUUUUCUUGUCCUCUACUAAACGGCGAAUAUUGCAAUGAUUCAAUUCCUGAGCUUGAAAGAUUCGGUUUUGAAGUACAAUUGCAAGCAUCAAUUGAAAGUAAAACUCGGCGAACAGCCGCCAAAAAAUUAUAAGUUUAGUUAUUAUUAAUUUGUUGUUUUUUUUUCUUUUGACGAUUUUUUUAUGAUCAAUUUUUCAAUCUGCAUCGGAGGAUUUUAUGAUUUUUUUCUUCUUCUUUAUUUUAUUGGUUUCUUUUAGAUUUUUCUUCACAAUUUUGACAAAAUUUAAGAAAUAGUUAUUCAAGAAAAUUAUACUUUUCUUGCUCUCCCGAAAAAAAAAUUAAUAAAAUAGGUUGAAAAAAAUUAUUAAAAAGUAAAAACAUUAUGUUGGUAAUGUUUCUUAGGAAUCUUGCCUUCCCUGACAUCUAGUAGACUUGUCGUGCUAUUACACCGAACCAAAAACCGUACUUUGACUGUGGCAAAUCUACUCAUUCAAUCGAAAAGAAGGAAGGAGCAAGAAAUGUUCCCCCGGAAAUUGGUGCUUGCAAUAACCCUUACAUAUUCAGAGCCAAAAAUGGCAUGCUUCGACAGAUAACAUUCAAAUUAAAUUUCAUGACAGGCUUUUCCUCUCUCUAUCUUAAAAUAGCACUGCUGGUUGUCAUUAUUCAAUCGAUGUUCCUUGUAAAAUGACAUAAAUCUAGUAUUAGUUAAUUUAAUGUUGUGUGUUAAUUUCUUUGUUGAAAAUAAUUUAUUCGAAAGGGUUUGGUCUCUCUGAUGAGAGACAGAAGCGCAAUUUCCUGUUGCCAAACUUCAACAGUUUGUGUGGAUUUGGAAAUGAAAAAAAUUAUUUUUCUGCAAUGUGACCUGUUUAUGACUGACUGAUAAUUAUUUUACUUUUAUCUAUUUAUUUCUGUAAUUUUAUUUCCCGUUAAUUUAUUUGUUAAACUUACUUUACUCUUCAUUCUGAAAAAUAAUUUUAGUUCAGAUGUGUACUGCCGACUGUGAGUAUUAAUACUUCCCUGAAAUGAAGAACACCACGAAUUUUUCUGGAAAAAUUCCUCUAUCAAGAUCAAAAUCCAAUUUUUUUUUCUCCAAUUUUUUAUUUUAUUUUAGCGUUAAUGAGUAAUCUAGCGCGGGCUUAAGCCCUGUGGAUUAGGAUUGAACCUCAAACAUUUUGAUUUUCCAUUCUCCGGGAUUCUCUUUUCUAGGGUAUGGCUCUUCAAAAGCAAUAGUCUUGAUCCACUAGAGUUUAAAUGUUCCAGCUAGAGUCGAGGAGCUCAAUUUUUCUAUGAAAUACUCAAAAAAAUUUUGCAACGACCAGACUUUAGAUUCUUUUAUUUCUCUCGAGUUUUUGUUUUAAAAAUUUUCCGAUACUUUUUUUUAAAUCGAAAUUGUUCGAUUGGCCUAAAAUACUCACUUUCACUCUAACCUGUCACGAACAUUCGUGUAAGGUGGUACAAAGCUUUAUCUAUAAUUUUCUCUUGAUUUUCCGGGGCUCUUAUGGCCACCCUAUUUCCAAAACGCUGAAAAACAAAAAAUUAAAACAAGGUUUUCUCUCAUUUCAGUCGACCAAGGCGUAUUAAUUAGCGAAACCGUCAUGCACAACACGAUGUUCUAUCAAUUUUAAACUGACGUAAUAACUUACCAACUUGAGAACAAAAGGCAGUUCACGUCUUAUUCCUCGAAAGCUUCAAUUUCUUUUCACAUGUAAAUCAUUAUAGGUGAACAAGAUAGAGGAACAAGAUGUCUAGUCCACCCUAUCAGGUGCAGCUUUUACAAAUCGUUUAAAAUUUUUAGAACAUUUUGUGUAAAAAUUAUGCUCAGUUUUACUUAGUAGAGUAAGUAGUGUGGUAUUGUUUUAAAAGACUUACUGUAUCGUUGUUUACUUUUGCACACAUUUUGUCCGCACUCUUGCCGUUGUUGUUUCUGCCCGAAAGCUCCUUGUAGGUAACUAACUCUCAAAAUAAUACUGUAAAGCCAUUAACUUGCCUUUGUGAACCUCAUGAUGUAGCAAAAUUGGUAACAUUGUUUAAAGGAGUAGGAAAUAACGUCUGGCGGUUCGAACACCCUUCAGAUUAGUGUUUGCUCCGAUUUAUCAAAACAAUUCAGAAUUAUAACGCCCUAAGAAUAGAGAAAGGGUUCGGCAUUAUUAUGUAACUCACAGAAUAACUUCUCAAAACUAAAUUUUAAACUACUUAAUUGAAAGAAAUGAGAUGAGUCAAAAAUUACAUUAAAAAAUCCUAAGUUUUUGUUCUUUCGCCACUCCCAAUUCCCCAUUUCCAUGCAGAAUCGAAAAUGCGAAUGUUUUAAGGGGGGAACAUGCCUCGCGUUCAAAUUGAUGUUAUAUUGCAGUCAUUUAAUUGCAUCUAAUUUUUGCUCUAAAAUCAAAAGGAAAGAAAAAAAACAUCACUAAAUUUUUCAACUAUUCUCAGCUUUUGUGCAAAUUAUUUUCCAUUUUUUCCGAUGUGUGCUGAUCAUCUUGACGCCUCCUUGAGUAAUGAUUUGUCCAUCUAAAAUGAUGGCGUUAGGAACUCCUCUUAUCACAUUUCUUUCUGAUUAUUUCAAAGUUACCUCAAGUCAUUGGAGCUUUAAAGUUUCAGCCCAAAGAGUCAUACAUCUGUAAACCAACAUGUUUCGCUAAAGUAUGCAAUGGAAAGUUUUGUAAAGAACCAAUUUGAAAAGUUCGUUCUCUUUUGGUGGUUCCUUCACAUUAGUAUCAUCAGUUUCCCCGUGAAGUUAACGUUCAUUUGGAAUUAAUUCUGAUGCGCUAAAUGUGAUUUAUCUCAGUGAAAUUCUUGCGUGACUAUUAAAAUAUCAUUUCGACUUCAAAUGAUGCAUGCAGCAAUUUCCCUUUGAUUCAAAGGAAUCAUCCAAAGAUGACAUAAUUUUUAUUAAGUGCAGUGAAAUUUAUAGAUCACUACUUCUUAUACAAAUUCUGUAUAAACAAGUUUGUGAGACUUCAAACGCGCAAUUUCCUUCGCUGGUUAUCAACCGUCAAAAGGAAAAUGUAUCUGCACAUUUUUUAACUUGGUUUCAAUGCAUUUCUUGUAAAACUGUAAAUCAGAAUCUUAAAUAAUGUGUGAUAAAUAUUCCAUUUUGGUGCUAUGAUAAUUAAUUAAAAACGGUCUCUCCGUUUACAAGAUUGUCUCAGAUCAUUCUUUCAGCUCGAUAUCCGUCCUAUUUGAAUUCUAACAUGAAAGUUUAGCUCUCGAAAUUAAAUUUUCAAUGCCCGACCUAACUACCAUAACAGUUACUUGAAAAUUGUUGGCAAGGAAAUAUUCUUGCUGUAUUAUCCCUUUUUGUUCAGAUUGAUUAUGAUCAUAUUCUGAAUCUAUUGAGUAGUGUGCCACUGAAUGAAACUGAGACUCAUAAUUGUUUUCCUUUCUAUGAAUAUAAUGUGAACUAAGUUGAUGAUUGUAAAGUGUAGUAUAAAUUUGUAUUGUGUAAUUAUAUACAUGAUUUAUAUUUCAACAAAUUACGUUGUUUGCUGUGCAAAUACAAUUGUUUUUUAAAAAACUAA